AUUACGGAUUAAACACUCAUCAGCUCGUCGUAGCAGUUUGUAUUUAUAAUUAAUUAAAACUUCUUUGAGUGGUUAUGGAAAGCUCGGUUGCACCAGUCGCAAACAGGCGGCUAGAUGGUAAAGUGGCAUUGAUCACCGGCGGCGCCAGUGGCAUUGGCGAAACCACGGCGAGACUAUUCGCUAAACAUGGUGCAAGAGUCAUCAUCGCUGACAUCCAAGACACACUAGGCAAUUCAAUCUCAACCGAAAUAAGCGGGGGCGACCCCGCCAUCUGCUACUACGUCCACUGCGACGUGACUAUCGAUUCCGAUGUUCAGGCUGCAGUGGACCUUGCCAUCUCAAUGCACGGCAAGCUGGACGUGAUGUUCAGCAAUGCUGGCAUCGGGGGGAAGUACAAAGUGUCCGUCCACGACAUCGAUCGGGACGACCUCCGCGGCGUGUUCGACGUGAAUGUCUUCGGCGCGUUCUGGUGCGCGAAACACGCCGCAAGGGUGAUGGCCCCGGCGAAGAAGGGGAGCAUCGUGUUCACCGCCAGUGCUGCCACCGUGUCGAGCGGGUACUUCCCGUAUGCCUAUAUGGCAUCAAAGCACGCGGUGGUGGGACUGGCGAAGAACCUGGGGGUGGAGAUGGGGAAGUAUGGGGUGAGAGUGAACUGCAUUUCCCCUACCUAUCUGGCGACGCCGUUGACAAUCGACAAAUUCGGCGGGGAUAAGGAAGCGGUGGAGGGGUUCGCGUGUGAAAUGGCGAACUUGAAAGGAGUGGUGCUGGAGGCGGUGGACGUGGCGGCGGCUGUGUUUCUUGGGAGUGACGAGUCCAAGUAUAUUAGUGGGACUAAUCUUGUGAUUGAUGGUGGACUUUGUACUACUAAUUUUGCCACUUCAUUGGCCUUGGAUAAAUUAUCUUCUUCAUAAAUUAUGUUUAAGCAAAAUUAAUUCUACCUAAACAGUGAUUAAGGGAAUACGGGUGGGGACAAAAGGGCUGGGUAGAGUGUUUAGGAAGGUGUUAGGAGUAGAAACUAUUAAUUUUACAAACGGAACACCAUAAUUGCUCUAAUUGAAUUGGUGUUGCCAAUUGACUCCAAUUAGAGUCCAGGAGUGGUGACAAUUCAGACUUAAUUUAUAGUACUAGUCUGUAAUUUAUUUCAAUUUUACUUGUUGGCUUAAAUAAUAUGUUUGCAAUGAUAUUUUUUUUUUGGAAUAAAUUUACUUGUAACCU